AUGGGAAGAAAAAGAAGUUGUAUAGCAAUUUACUGUUUCAAGCGUUGUUUCCCACCAAAUAAAUCCUUUUCAUCUGUGUUUCAAGUUAUUGCGAUCGUUUUAUUUAUUUCAUUUAGUUAUCUAAUAGCUCAUCAAACAUCUUCUACGGUGCAAUCAUCAUUUUCUACUAAUGUAAAAAGUAUUCAUCAAUCAUCAAACAUAUCAUUCGCAGCCAAAGAUCGUAAUAAUUGUACAGAUGAUGGUGAAUCAUCGCUUCGAAUUCUUUCAAGUGUAAUUUCUCGUAGUGAAACAAUAAAUUAUCUUGGCUUUGUUCUUCGAUCUCAUGCAUUAUUUUAUUGUUCAGUUCCAAAAGUUGCUACACGAACUUUUCUUACAUUUAUUACUUAUCUUAAUAUACGUGAUGAGUUAAUACCUUUGCUGACAAAUAAAUCAACAAUAAGUAAUUUGAAUUCUCAAGGAAAAGCAAAUCCUUUUGAUUUUAAUAGUAUCAAUCAAAUCCUGCCGUUUCCAGUGAAGAAUGACUCUCAACCAUCCCUGCUCAGUUCAAUUUCAAUUCUUAAAUCGUUUUUAUCACUCCUCAUGGAUUUCAAUAAAAAAAAGGUCACCGAUUUUGAUAUCUGGUCAAUAUAUCAACGGAAAAGUUUUCCGCUUAUUCGUCCUCAAACUUUAUCCAAUGUAUCGCAACUUUUUUCAUCGAAUUUUACUCGUGUUAUUUUUGUCCGUCAUCCGUUAGAGCGUUUAGCAUCAGCGUAUGUUGAUAAAAUAGCUCCGCUUACGAAUAAGCCAUUUUCAUUAUAUGAUUCAAUACGCCGAGCAAUUUGUCGAAAAUAUUCUUCAUUAUAUUUGGCACGUGUUCAACGUAAAUUUUAUUAUGUUCGUAGACGAAUAUCGAAAAAAAUCGAAGAACCAUGUCACAAAGUAGUUCCUAAAUUUGAGCAUUUUAUUGAUUAUAUUAUGUCCGAUGCAGUGAUUAGCGAUGUUCAUUGGUAUCCUUAUUCAAAACUUUGUUACACAUGUUUAUUUAAAUAUAAUUUUAUCGGAAAAUAUGAAACAAUUGAAGAAGAUCUUGAAAGAUUAUUAAAAUAUCUUGGGUUAGAAUCAAAAGAUUGGAAUAAUGCCAACUACUUCAGGACUGGAAAAACAAGAGAAUUUUAUAAAUCAAUGUAUUCAAAUUUAAACAAUCAAUUACUUUGUACCUUAAAAUAUGUCUACAGAGAUGAUUUUAAAUUAUUUAAUUAUAGAUUGGAAGAUUAUUUAACAGAUAAAAAAACUAUUGCAUGUUCUCCAGCAGUCGAAAAACAACUAAGAAAAACACAUCAGAAACUGAAUUUGUUUUAA